AUGCUUAUUUUUGUUGAUAUCAGGUUGACACUUCACAUUGGUAUUGACUGCUCCAAGGAUUUCUACGGGAAGCAAUGCAAAGUAUACUGCAAAGACUCGGAUGACCAGACAGGGCAUUACAACUGUGAGGACGAUGGACACAAGCUCUGUAUGAAGGGGUGGAAAGGCAGUAAUUGCACCGAGCAAGAGAACGCCUGUGACGGUAACAGCUGUCAAAACAAUGCCACGUGUUACAUCACGAAAGGACCAAUUGCAACAUAUCGAUGUGAAUGCACUUCAGCCUAUACAGGAACGUACUGUACAGAACGCUGGAACAUCCUGAGGAAUGCAACGAUUGCUCAAGAAACAUCAACGCUCGCACCAACGACUCGUGUGCAUCCCAAACCUACACCAGCAUAUACGGCAUCAACGAGGCCUCCGACAUACUCAAAGACAUGUACACCUUCACAAGCCUUACAGUUCGGGAUAGAUGGUCAGACGUCAUCGCCCGACGUGGUUAGAAACGACAUAAAACGUUUCUUGUCAGAAAGAGGCGUGAGUGACAUCUACAACGUCGACAUCAUUGAAAAGGAUAUAUCAGGAUAUAGGCAUCCACAUGUCCUCAUUACACCACUACGUCAGCCUAACAUCACUGAAAACAUAGAGCUGCUAAUAAUAGAACAUGUGAAACACCUUACUGGACAUCACCCUGAAGAACCACAUUGUGUCGAUAUGAAACAACCACGCAACUGGAUACGAUGA